AACUCAUGUCAACAGCUUCAAAUUUUCUUUCUUCCAUACAUGGCUCGUGGCCACAGCAUACCCCUUAUAGACAUAGCCAAACUAUUUUCUUCUCGUGGUGCAAGAUGCACCAUAGUAACUACUCCCCUCAAUGCCCCGCUCUUCUCCAAAGCAAUCCAAAAAGGUGAGAUUGAACUUGUUCUCAUCAAGUUCCCAUCUACUGAAGCUGGGUUGCCUCAAGACUGCGAAAGCGCCGACUUGAUUACAACACAAGACACGGUGGAAAAAUUUAUCAAAGCCACCUUUUUACUUGCACCACAGCUUGAGAAGGUUUUAGACGAACAUCGUCCUCAUUGCCUUGUUGCUGAUGGUUUCUUUCCUUGGGCUACAGAUGUGGCCGCCAAGUUUGGAAUUCCAAGGCUGUAUUUCCAUGGAAUCGGUUUCUUCCCAUUGUGCGCUUCACUGAGUGUGAUGAUGUAUCAACCUCAGACGAAGUUGUCGUCUGAUUCAGAAUCUUUUGUCAUUCCUAAUCUCCCUGAUGAGAUCAAGAUGAAUAGAAGCCAAUUACCAGUUUUUCCCAAUCUAGAUGGUGAGUCAGAAUUCUUGAACAUGCUCAAAGCAUCCACAGAGAGCGAAGAAAGGAGCUAUGGGGUUAUUGUUAACAGCUUUUAUGAACUAGAACCAGCUUAUGCAGAUCAUUAUAGGAAGGUGUUUGGGAGGAAGGCAUGGCAUAUCGGCCCCGUUUCGUUAUGUAAUAAGGCAACAGAGGAUAAAGCAGAGAGGGGGUCAAUAGAAAGCUCGACUGCUGAGAAACAUGAGUGCUUGAAAUGGCUUGAUUCAAAGAAACCCUAUUCGGUUGUGUAUGUAUCAUUCGGAAGCUUGAUCCAAUUUGCUGAUUGCCAGCUACUAGAAAUUGCAAUGGGCCUUGAGGCUUCUGGACAAGACUUCGUUUGGGUUGUGAAGAAAGAAAACAAGGAUGUAGAAAACUGGUUGCCUAAAGGAUUUGAGAAGAGAAUGGAAGGUAAGGGACUGAUUAUAAGAGAUUGGGCUCCCCAAGUGCUGAUUCUUGAGCAUGAAGCAAUAGGAGCAUUUGUGACUCACUGUGGGUGGAACUCUAUCCUAGAAGGAGUGUCUGCCGGGGUUCCAAUGAUCACGUGGCCGGUGUUCGGCGAGCAGUUUUACAAUGAGAAGUUGGUGACUGAGAUACAUAGGAUUGGCGUUCCUGUUGGUUCUGAAAAAUGGGUUUUAUCAUUUGUGGAUGUAAGUGCGGAAACUGAAGCGAGUGUGAGGAGAGAGGCCAUAGAGGAGGCUGUGACUAGAAUCAUGGUGGGUGAUGAAUCAGUGGAAAUAAGAAGCAGAGUUAAAGAACUUGAAGAGAAGGCAAGGAGGGCUGUUGAAGAAGGUGGCUCAUCUUUCUUGGAUUUAUCUGCUCUAGUUGGAGAGUUGAACCACCCUGGAGGCCUAGUCGAAAUUCUCAAAAACUAGUACUAGUGAGUUGCAGUAAAUCUUAAAUUUUCACUUAAAUUUUUUCUGCCUUCUUGUUGUCCCAGGUUUUCCAAGAAUUUGUAGAUGACAUGAAUUUGCUGCACUAAACUGUGAGUCUGCCUUAUGCUUCCCUGUGAUAUCGAGCUAAAUUAUGUGGGAAAAGCAGAGAAUAAGUUUUGCGUGCA